ACUGGAUUGGAUUGGAUUGGAUUGGAUUGGAUUGGAUUAGAUUGGAUUGGAUUGGAUUGAUACCUUAAUUAGGAACCGCAUUAGGCGGAACCAUGCAAGUAACCUCGCAAGCGUCCAUCGCCGUUUUCGAUGAUGAUGAUGAUGAUGUUGAUGCCGAGGCUGAGCUUGUAGAAGGGUUGCAGAGUGGCUCGGCGAAGAAGAAGAAGAAGAAGACGAUGGAGAUGGCGGCGUCGAGUCAUGAGGAGGUUAUUGAUGAUAUCAAGAAUGGUGGUGGUGCUGACUAUGAUCGUGAUGCUGAUGAUGGUGCUGCUGCUGCUGCUGAUGAUGAUCAUCAUCAUCAUCAUCAUCAUCAUGACGAUGAUAUUAACAAUGAUCGCGGUGCUGAUGAGGAGGAGGAGGAGGAGAAGGAGGAGGAGGAGGAGGAGGAGGAGGAUGACAAUGAUGGUGAUGAUGAUGAUGAGGAUGAGGAUGAUGAUGAUGAUGAUGAUGAUGAUGAUAUUAACAAUGAUCGCGGUGCUGAUGAUGAGGAGGAGGAGAAGGAGGAGGAGGAGGAGGAAGAGGAGGAUGACAAUGAUGGUGGUGCUGACGAUGAUGAUCAGAAUGAUCAGAAUGAUGAGGUGCUAAUGUUGAUGACGAUGAGGAUAUCAACAAUGAUGAUGACGAUGUGGAGGAGGAGGAGGAGGAGGAGGAGGAGGACGGAUCGCCGAGGGUGGUGGGAAUCACCUGGAGGACAUCUCCAAGGUCUUGGACAAAGUAAGGGGGAAGAACCAGGGACACACUUUUCAGAUGCGGCGAAAACCUGGGCAGAGGUGGACCAGCUGAUGGAUGCAUAUCUCACAAAUCAUGUGGGGAGGCGUGCAUCUUGCUCGCAAGGCUGUGCACUGUUGCGAUUGGUGUCAUCAACUUUCCCAGGACUAGUGGAGUUGAAGGAGAUGAGAUGGAUGUGCAGGGGAGGUGUUGGAAGAAUGGAAGCCAAUCAUGACCAAUCGGUGGGCGCCAAUCAGGCUGCUUCUGGGCACCAUGCAGCAGCAUUUGGUGCGCUGUGUGCUGCUCUUGGAGUGAAAAGAACGGUAGCCCAGAGAGCCUUUUUGUUUAUGACACUGCGAGAUAUCUUGUCAGCUGCAACGAGACUGAACCUCGUUGGUCCUUUGGAGGCUGCAGGACUUCAGCACAAGCUGUCAAAGUCAGCAGAGAAGGUGUUAGCAUGGGCCGCGGACAGACCAAUAUCGGAUGUCCACCAGACUGCACCGCUCUGGGAUCUUAUGCAGGGAGCUCAUGAUGAGCUGUUUGCCCACCUUUUCCGGAGUUGAGAGAUGUCUGGCUCACUGGGCUGUUUGAGCUGUCUCUGCACUACUGUUGUUAUGGCAAGGUGGGCGCUAGGUUAGGCCGUGAGGGAAGGGGGUUCUACUGAACUGAUGGUGGUUCUCAGAGUUGGCUUGACUUUAUCACCGAUUGAUUGACUCUGAUGGUUCUACUGCAGAAGUCAUGGUAACAUUUGACAGGACUCUGUUUCAUGCACAGCCUGAGUUGCAGCUGACAGUACAAGAAGUAUCGUCUGCGCCAUAAGCUCCAUAAUGCUCCAAGAAUUACUGCGGAUCCAGAGUACUUGCUGAAAGUGUAUGCUCUUCUUAUUCUUCUUCUCCGGCAGUCAUGGAGGGUUGUUGGCACGUCAUUCCUUUGAAAACAAUGACCAGCUAAUACCUACAAGAAGAAUGAUGAUAUCUCCAGGCAUGUCUUCAGCGGCAGCAACAGAAGUUGCAUUUCAGUUAUGGUACAUAUUUAGAGCCACUAUCCGGUUGCACUUAGCGGAGCUCAUGCUCGUUGUCCGCAUCAUUGGGUUUAUUGUUUUGCUUGCACUUCAGGUUACCAAAAUUCUCAGCAUUUUCUUUUCAGAAGCUGUUCGCAUUAUCUACUACAUCUACAGUACACUGCUUGUGUUACAUCUACGACUGUUCUCGGUGCUGAUGCACGUGCAUGUUCUGUGGCUGAUUUUUCUCCAUCCCCAGUUCUUGAAGCUUUUCCUCUACCCGUUGGUGAUGUCAUGGACAGAAUCUCUCUGCAAUCGCCGGUGGGCACGGACGCUGUCAUAAACCUGGAAUUUCCACAGAGUAAAAGCAAAGAGGACUU